AUGUUUCUGUUCAACGCCCUCUCCACGUUCACCAGUGCCCUCCUUCUUUUCCUGGUCAUCGCUAGAUCCAGAAAAAUGCUUCACAUCAGGCCUAUUCUGCUUGCCGGAGCUACGAUCGACCUUUCUUACGCUCUCUUCAACGCUAUCAGUAAUUACGUAAGAAAAUAAAUACCGUAUUAUUUAUUAUUUAGAUGUUUAUAAUCACCGACAAAACGAUAUUAUUGGUGAUGCAGCCCGCAAUUCCAAUUCCUUUAUCGACUUAUGACGGUUUCUUGACAACAACUGGUUGGUUUGUCGCGCUGAGUUGGAUUACCGUCCCAAUGCAAUACAAUUAUCGACUUUAUUUGCUCAGAUUGUGGGUUAAUUUGCAUCGAAAUAACCAUGUACUUUAGCAUGCGGCCCCCUCCUGGCAUAUUUGUUACAGUUCAAGCAAUAGUUGCGAUGACUUUGAGCUUUGUUGGUUGGUAUCUUAUACGAUGGGUGUACAUUGUAAAUCGAGACUAUGUUUUCCUGGAGAAAAUGACAAAUUCUUUAGGUCUCCAAAUCCCAAAGGAACACGUUUUCGGCGGAGUUUUUGUAAGUUUUGAAAAAAUUUGGUCUCUAAUUUCCCUGUAAUGGAGCGAUGACAUUUAUAAUUAUUGUUGAACAAAUGUCCUUGCAGGAAAGUCGGCCAGUCCAACUUUAUUACUUCUAUUUUUCGUGUCUCUCUACUUGUUGUAUUGUGAACGUUGCGUUCGCUGAUGUCAUGAUUCGACGAACACUAAAGAAGAAAAAGGAUGUAAUGGGAAUCAAGACCAGAAGACUACAUGCUCAACUCAGCAAAGCAUUGUUGGUGAUGGUAAGAGAACUUUACAUAUUUACUUGGUAUCCUGUGGAUAUAAAAUCUUAACUGAUGCCUUUGUUGCACGAGUAGCGUUCAUGAAGGGCUCGUACUUUUAAUAAGUUGCUUCGUCAAACUCUGCAAUUGUUUUUAUAUGUAUUAUGUAUAAAAAAAUUUAUAAAAUACGUCUAAAAUAGUAAUUCUAUCACAUCUAUUUUCAGGCGAUUUCUCCGGUCGUCUCCAGCUUCUCCCAAAUUGUUUAUGCAGGGGUUGCUUUGAACACUCAAGGCGGUUCCAUCUUACCGGAUCUAAUUUCAUCGAUUGUCGCCUUAUCCGGCCCUCUGAUCAACAGUGUAACCACCAUGUACUUUGUUCGACCAUAUCGUCUCUUUUUCAUAGAUCUGGUCAAAAGAAAUGUAACUGCAUCUUCAAUUGAUGUUUUUGGAACUCAAACUCGGCCAUACAGCUUGCCAACACGAUAG